UACACUUGUUCAUCCCCUACCCCCCACACACACUGACCAACUGACUAGAUGACUCAGGCUUUCUCUCUCCACAACAUGCAAAUCGGGUCCCUCUCUGUCUCUUCUUUAUAACUCUUUCUCUCACUCAUUACGUAUGUAGAUCCCUCUAUUUGCAUUUGACGACAAAGCUGGACUGCAGGUGCUGACUGGUAUUUCGCCAUUUUAUUACUAGCUUAUAAAGCUACCAGACAACAAUCCUUCCUUCUCAGCCCCGGCCCUGAUCUCGUACAACCCACUAAGCUCUCGCAUCUAAGUUCUCCUUUCAAACUUAAUAUUAUUACUUCUCUCCCUCCCUCUGAUCACAUUACUGUUUCGCUUGUACUCAUCUUCCCCCUUCCAACUAUAAACUCAAUCCGUCUCCCCAAUUCUGUUUGCCUUCAAAGAAACCCCUCAUUUGAUCUCUCCUCAAGCAAAUUAAGACUACAACUGUGUACUACUGGGCACCCGUUCAAAUCAAGAUAUUAUUGAGAGAAAAAAAAGAAGGGAAACGAUGCAUCGCUGCAGCACCUCUCAGGUGGGGCCAUGUACGUGUGGUAUGUUUCACAGCCAAAGCAGUCCCUUCUCCAUGCUAUUCUCCGUGCCCAACCACAGGCCGUAUGAUGAAUCCGAUAUGUAUUCUUUCACAUCCUCUUCCUCUUCUGUCGAUUGCACUCUCUCUUUAGGAACCCCAUCUACUCGUCUAACCGAAGAUGACGAAAAACGACGCCGCUCUGGCUCCUCCGUCUCCAACUUUUGCUGGGACUUGUUACAGACCAAGCAACAACCUUCUGCACCUCAAUCUCACAAAAGUAGCCGCGGAGCCAAUAAUGGCGGCAAUAACAACGCCGCCAAUGACCCCCUCCUCGCUCGCCGCUGUGCCAACUGUGACACCACUUCCACACCCCUCUGGAGAAACGGUCCAAGAGGCCCAAAGUCGCUAUGCAAUGCUUGUGGUAUUCGAUUCAAGAAGGAAGAGCGGCGAGCCAGCGCCGCGGCGUCAGCGACAAACAUCAACGGCGCGAGCUCAGGAGGACUAACAGAGCAGAAUCACAUGCUAGGCCACCAUAACAGUACUUCAUGGUACGCACAUUCACAGAGCCAGAAAAUGCCGUGCUACUCUCCUGCCAUUGGCAACGAGUUCCGGUUCAUCGAAGACAAUGACCGAGAUUCGGAUACCGGCAUUCCCUUCCUUUCUUGGCGCCUCAAUGUCACUGAUAGGCCGGGCCUCAUCCAUGACUUCACGAGAUGAAUAAUUGACGGUCAAGAUCCACAACGCAUCACGAUGAUGAUGUUGAAGAUGUUGGUGAUGGCGAUAGUUUAUAGACUCGUCAAAUUCUUUUUUUUUUUCCUUUUUCUCUUUGUUGGCGCUUCCUUUUCUCUGUCUUACAUAGAUGGAGUACUGAGAUAAUUCUAUGUUCUUAGUUUGCUUUUCUUUCAGGUUCUUUCUUUAACUUUUCUCUCUCAGUUACAAGCCUACCUGGGCACUUUUUGUUGGUCUAAGUUUCCUAAGUUCCUAAACGUGACGAAUAUAUAUGAUUUCG